AUGUCCUUACCUAUCCAAGACCGGGAUAGACUGGUGUUCAAAGCUCAUGACGGCUACCGCAAAAGUCUGAACUCGCGGAACAUCAGUCGCCACUGCGCACUACACACUUGCGCGUCCGGCGCGACGGCUAACGAUCUACGAGUUUGUGCGAAGUGUCGCAAUGUAUGGUACUGUUCUGCUGAGCAUCAGCGCCAGGACUGGAAGAGACACAAAGCCAUGUGCGCGAGCCAUCAGGCAGCCCAGCAAACAGGAGCAUCCGUUUCAGCUUCUCUCGUCCAGAGAGGCUAUCCAGAAUCCCGUGUGCUUCUCUCGAUGCUGCAGGACUUUGUGGCGCUGCAUCAGCGUAUCCUAUCGCAUGUUGUCGCGCGGUAUCUAGCCAUCCGCUGUCUUGAAAGCGAGAGGCCUCUUGAUCAAGCCAUCGAUCAUCGCACGGAGUACAUCAUGUUCGAGGUUGAGUACCGCGGAGGUAACGACGUAAACCCGGCAUCGACAUUCGAAGUCAUGGAUGGAUACGCGCAAUCUGCGACUGACAUGCCUCCGGAUCAGCGCAAGAACUUCGACAAGUACAUAGACAACGUCCUGAAAGACAACCUCAAAUCGAGUAUGAAAACGUUCCCCGACCUUGUCACACUUUGCUGCGCGCUCUUCUACAUCCGUGAUGUGGGUUUCAUGUACCAAACAGCAAUCGAGCUGCAUCGCGGGCACUUCACCUCAGUGACAGAUCCCGGUGACCAACACUGGUGGUCAUCCUUCGCGAGGAACGCACGCGACGGAGUCGUCAUACGAAGGAUCUACAGCAAAGAGAUCAAGGACUACUACUGCGAGUAUGUAGGAUUGUUGACACAACAAGGGGAGGACGAGUGGAAAUGGGCGAUGGAUGAGGAAAACGAAGACAACAUCAGUUGCAAGCGCAACUUGAAGCGCGCAGUAGAGGCUGCGAAGAAGGGGGACGCGGAUGCGUGA